CUUUUUGUUGGCGUAUCCGAACAACAUAUUCUGAGUAGAAAUGACACGUCUUCUAUCACACUCGCGUGUAGUCUAAUGAUUUUAUUCUCAAAUGAAUUGAAAUAGAAAAUAACAAUGGGUGGACAGAAAUUUGAAUAUGAUGAAAGUGGAUCCACAUUCUUUUACUUUGUCCUCUCUUUCCUUGCAUUAAUCUUAGUGCCGGCGACAUUUUAUUAUUGGCCUAGGAAAAGAAAAGAAGAUCCAGCAAAACGAGCAGAACUAUGUCAAUGUCCAAAUUGUGUAAAAAAACAGUUAAUCAUAGAGCAAUCACAACCAUACAAAGGCGUAAAAAAUUUCUUCAUCAAACUAUCGAUUAUAUCUGGAUGGGUUUUGCUGGGUUUUCUUGCAUACAAAGUUUCACAGUUUGAUUAUGAAAUGUCAAACUUCGAUCCAUAUGAUAUAUUGGGCCUGCCACCUGGUGCUACCCAAGCCGAGAUUAAAAAGUCAUACCGUAAACAAUCACUGAUACUCCAUCCUGAUAAAGAGACAGGUGAUGAGAAGGCUUUCAUGAAACUCACAAAAGCUUACCAGGCACUAACUGAUGAUGAAGCAAGAAGAAAUUGGGAGAAGUAUGGCAACCCUGAUGGUCCAGGAGCUAUGAGUUUUGGUAUUGCUUUGCCCAGCUGGAUUGUGGAGAAAGAGAAUAGUGUGUGGGUACUUGGACUUUAUGCCCUUGUGUUUAUGGUUGCUUUACCUACUGCAGUGGGUACAUGGUGGUACAGAAGUAUACGUUUUUCUGGAGAGCAAGUUUUGUUGGAUACAACACAAAUGUAUUUCUAUUUCUGUCACAAAACACCAUCCAUGCCCUUAAAGAGAGCUCUGAUGAUUCUUGCUGCAUCAUGUGAAUUUGACAAAAGGCAUAACUCAGAAAUUGUGGAAAGGAUCACUGAUAAUGAAGAAGUGCCCAUGUUGCUUCGCGAGUUACCGAAUCUAGGCGAAAAGAAUAAGGAGCAGCCAUUAUGUCGCCCAUACAGUAUAAAAGCGCGGGCACUCCUUCACGCCCAUUUGUCCCGCAUGAAACUACCCCCCGAUACACUGGAGUGCGACCGUCGCUACAUCGUGUCGCGUUGUCCUGAUCUCAUAGUCGAAAUGGUCAACUGUGUUAAUCAGCUGAUAGCUCUUGCAUACGCUCGUAGAAUACCUCGUCUACCGACUAUUGAAACGAUUGAAAACUGCAUGAAAUUGUCACCAAUGAUAGUACAAGGCCUUUGGGAGUACAAAUCGCCUUUACUCCAAUUGCCUUAUAUCACAGAGGAUCAUCUGAAAUACUUCACAAACAGGAAGAAACACAUUAAGUCAUUGCUGCAGUUAGCACAGCUGACUGGAGAAGAAAGGAGACAAGUUCUGAAGUUCCUUAAUGAUAAGCAAUAUGAAGAUCUGUUGAAAGUACUUGGAAAUAUGCCAUACAUACAUUUCCAAGUUAAUACAGAAGUUGUUGAUGAUGAAAACUCUACAGUGGUAACGGCAGGUGCUAUAGUGACCGUGACAGUAUUCCUGAGGCGGACUAACAUGAAAGAGCUUUUCGGUGACACCACCAUAAAAGAAAAAGAUACAAUUAAAGAUGAAGACGACGGUUCCAAUGAAAAAAGCGAAAAAGGCGAUGGUGAGAAGAACGACAAAAAGGGGGAGAAUGAUAAAAAGGAGACAUUCAAAAGGCCAGUGUGGAUGAAACAGGGCAAGAAGCCUCAGUCGAAGAAAGCUAAGAAACCGGCGGCUAAGCAACCUGCAAAACCUGCACCUGGACAGACGACACCUGCUAAUGAUGUUAAAGAAACGAAGGAAUCUAAAGAACCCAAGGAAGCGAAAAAGCCGAAGGAACCAAAGAAAAAGGAGGAUGAUGACGAAGACUCGGACGAGGGCAGUUCAGACGAGUCAGUAUCCCACGCGUCCGGCUCAGAAGACGAGUCCAGAGGCAAGUCGUCCGCUCCAGAAGACGAUGACGACCAAUGGGAUAAGUUCCAGAAGCGACUGCAGAAGAGGGAAAGAUUGGAGGGGCGGUCCAAGUGCUCGCAUCCAGUGCAUUGUCCGUACUUUCCACAGGAGAAGCAGGAAUUCUGGUGGUGCUACAUAUGUGACCGGAAAUCACACACUUUGCUUACUGCGCCCGCUCAUGUUACCGCAUUAGUUGACACUCACGAGUUACAACUACGCUUCACUGCGCCGCGCUGGCCCGGCGUAUAUACGCUCGCGUGCUGCCUGCGCUCAGACUCUUAUAUCGGGAUGGAUCAACAACAAGACAUGAAGCUAGACGUUAAGGAAGCGGCCGCCGUGCCAGCGGAGCACCCGCAGUGGGACCUGAGCGACUCCGACACGGAUAACAACGAUCAGGGUGGCAAUGAAAGCGAGUUCACGACAGACGACGAAGUUGAGGAGGAGUAGUAGACAAUUACCUAAGUUAUUUUUAUAGAGUUUAUUGUGGUGGCGCGAGCUGAACGAGAAAUCAUCUGUUGUUUGUAUGCUGUGGUAGGAGAGUGAAUGAAAUAAUAUAAUAUUUUAUAUUCCAACUUUUGUUUCAUUUUUUCGCAUUCGCAAGUGCUUCAACCGAAACAAUCUUUUUUAAAUACUCA